AUGUCGUCUAGUGAAGGUGGUAUGCAACGACUGAGCGUAGCGCCUGGCUUUGUAUAUAUCUUCAACAUUGGAGACUAUACACAUCUUCUCUACCCUGUCGACCAGAAGGCUUCCGAGAACUUGACUCUCGCUCAAAAGGCGAGCGUCGACAUCGAUCGUGCAAGAAACUUGUUGACAGAGAGAGGCCCCUUUCUGCUUUCUGACAAUCAGCAGAAGAUGGAUGACCUCAUUACUGAUACUGAAGAGGCUAUCAACAGAGUUAUCAAGUUACUAACUCCUGCUCGUGUUGAACAAGUUAGUGAAGAAAGCAUUCGUAUAAACCCCAAAUCAGCAUGGGCUCUCGAAUCUGAUGAACCCAAGACAGCGGCAACCUUUGCACGACUUUAUUUGACACAUGGUAAACUCAGAACUGUUGUUCAUGAUUUGAAGAAUAUAGAGGCGACUGCACAGCUGGAUAAUUGUGAAAUAAGGGCGGCAACUGCUAUUAGUUCCGCGUCUUUAAAUCACUCGCAGCCCGGACAAGCUGAAGAUACAAAUGUGUCAUCUCAGGAUCAGAGACGAUCCGCGUCUUGGAGACGAAGCAGACGAUUAUCGAAGCAAACAGCUACUAGCGACGCUUCUACCAUCAGUAAACCUUCUGCGGAUGAGCAGGAAGCGCCAGACUUGCAAAGUCCCGUCAGCAGCGACUCGAAUACAUUCCUGCAUCCCAGCCAUCCUCUAUCGCUACCAGAGCCAAGGUCUAUCAACAACAUCAUAAGUUCAUCGCAUGGACGAGAUGAAUCUCUGGACAUACCGACAGAGCGCCUCCCGGUCAUUCAUGAGUUGGAAUCGAUAGCUCUCCAGUCAGAUACUCUCGUUGUAGAAGAUGACAUGCAAGAAGACACUUCUCCAGUGACCGAUACUGGUGGUUCUUCUACAGUAGCGCCUGAAAAUGUGAAAAUGGGAAGUUUCGCCUCUUACCGGAAACGUAACAGACAGUCCAGGCAGGAACCACAAGCGCAAAGAGCUCUGGUUGCUACUGGUCACGAGGUCCUAUACCAAAGACCGGAGAAGCUCCGGUUGUUGGUCGGAGAUUCGACGCAAGCAGCAGCUGCCAUGCCUGAGGACAUGAUCCAUCCCCAAAUGCCACAGCAGCAUGCACAAACCAGUGCAACUUCUUUGCCACCACAUAAUAAUCAGGUAUUAUCUGUCUCCAGAUUUCAGCUAUCUCCUCAAACGCAGACACCUUCACCAGCGAUCAACACGACCGACGAAAACCUCAAACGUCGAUUGUCCUCAGCCACACGAACAGUCGAGGUGUAUGCAAUUGACCCGGUACUCACAAAGUUACCCUCACUACUGCGUGCAGGCCGUAACGGUAAGUCGAAAGGUCCUCCUCCGUACCCAGUAUCGAAUCCAGGGUCUGAGGAUGAGGGUGAAGAAAGCAGGCUUGAAAUUAAUGCCCCCCAGACGAGAGAAUUUCCCCCCGAAAGAUCUUUGACAGCACCUCCAGUCCAGCGACAUGUCCCUACCAACCAUCUUGUGCCCACUGUGCCUCUCGUGCCGGAUCUAACUCAACAUCAGCGGUCGCUUUCAGACACAUCAGUGCCACAAAUCAACGUCAUUCGUGCUCCUACGAUCCCAAGAAAGCCACUUCCGUAUCGCAAUGGUUUCACUUUGAUGGACGCUGGUCAAAUGCCCAAUAAAACUCCAGAGCAAUCUAAAGAGUCCUCCCAACCAUUUUCAAGUCAACGCCCUAUAUCGCAGUUGGGCACUAGUGGACCACCCUCGCCUCUAGGUUCUUUGCACCAGCGUAAAAGUUCCCAAGCAUUGCACAGCCUCUCUGUACAAGGGCCUCCAUCGCCGAAUUCUUCACGACAGUCUAGUGUCUCUAUUGAGGCUGAGCCAUCUGCAACAUUCGUGGAAGCCAGCAGCAAGGUGGCAGGUGACGGUCCAGAUCUUCCUGGGCAGAGUCAAUCAAAAUUGGUCGAAAUACUUCUUGAGACAGCAAACCCGGCAUCUGCCAGACAAAGAUCAAGACCAAUGCUCAAUCCAUUAUCAAUGCAUCCGGUGCGUCGUAGCAAGCCAGAAGACGAGCCUCCACCUGCCGCAGAUGAACAGCAGCUGGCGUCCCCUACGGUCGUCAACAAGCAGCAAUCUGCAUAUCAGGUACAGUCGGCUGUCGUCAAUGUCACCAAACAGACUCCUCAAACAAUCCCAAUAGCAGACUACCGAUCUCCUGCCUACCAACAGAGUCGCGUAUUCUCGGAUCCUGCCUUCAACCCUGCUAUACGAGCGUUUCAAACACCCUCUCCAUCCCGGUUUAGGGACCAGGACCAAGCUAGACCACAGAUUACGAACCGAAGUCUGACAGCACCUGACCCGCUUGCACCAAAGGAUGCGGCAUCUGUGUCAUUAGCCUCCAGGAGGAGAAUGUCGGAGCAGGGCCAACUUCCAUAUCCGCGACUGGCAGGGGCGAGCCUAGAUCAUAGAGACAAAAAGACGAGAGUCGUCGAUGUUGAUGGUCAGCCUACGGAGAGCUACCAGACAUCCAAGCCUCACAUUCUGGCACCGCAAAAUCCUGCGGUGCAGUCAGCAAGUCAACCCAUUUCUGGUCCACGCAUUUUCGCUCGUACAGAACCGCCGAGUGUUGUAGGACACAAUAGGAACCGGUCGUUCGCACAAAAAAUGUCUGAGCUGGAGAACAUAGCUAGUUACGGUCCUGGGCGGCCAAGAAGGGAAGCCAAAGAAUUGUUCGGACGGCAUAUAUGGAAUCCGAAUGUCAGUGGAUUAGCGCACCAACACUAUCCUCAACACCAGCAGGAUACGACCGCAAAGCAGGCAUCAUGGCCACAGCAGCAACGUCAGCCACCUGUCCACCCUUCAUACCUGUCUCAUCAGCACUUCCACAACCCGAAUGGCCAUCAUCGGUCAGCCACUUUAGACUUGAGUUCGCAGCAGAAGCAGCACGAUCCCCACUUACAGUCGUUGCCUGGAGCCAAUAAUCAGGAAUUGUCACAACAACACUAUCCUUUGCGAGCACAGCAGCGGUUCCCGUCCUUACAAACACACAUCUCAGGACAGGGGCAACCAGCUGAGGUACAGGUUGGCUCGCGACGUCUCGCGGAGUUUUCUUUGCCUCAUAAGCCGACUCCUCAGCAUGAAUGUGUUUGUGGAGAUGAACCGCAAUCUGUCCUGAGAGAUCAAUCUCGACUCAAGCAAUUACCAGACUUGGGUACACAACACACACAGGCGACACGAACGGUUCUUCACGAAAGAGCUCAAUCAACGCCUCAGGCUCAGACCCAGACUCAACCUCGACCUUCUCUGCAAUCUGCUCACUCACAACCUCAGCUCAAAGGACAGAUCCAACCUCAGCCACAAAAUCAACGACCUCAAUCAUAUCAACAAUCUUCAACAUCGGCUGUUCGUCUCAUGCCCGUAAUGGAGAACCAGGUGCUUCCGCAGCAGCCACAAAACUUCUCAAGCACUUACAAGAGUGUAGACAUUCCCGAUGGAAAAGAGGCGGCUGUGCUAGAGAGGCCGACAGAGAAGACAUCUAAACCGAAGACCAGGAAAAGAAGCAGCUGGUUGAGUCACCAAGCUAGCCGUCUGACUUUGGGCAAAGGUAGCUAG